CGUAGCACGUGCGCUGGGAUCGAUCGACCAAGUCGGCCUCUUUCGAGUUUCGAGUCAGUACGCGAUAGCUUGUGUGACGGCGAAUGUCAGUUGAGUUUGUUGUGCGCGUGUGUAGUCGCUCCUAGCUAUCGAUCCGUAGCCAGACCGCAUUGCUGUACAUUCCGGAGGCGGUGCCUCGCCUAGUUUUCGUCGAUCUCCGACGUGACGGACGCGUGUCGGCGUCGGCGGCGGCCCGGACGGCCCUGCGCAGUAACAGCGCGGGAGAGACGGCCCUCUCUUCUGCCAAAACCGAAUCGCUGUCCGCGGCGGACGGCUGUGAUGUAGCCGGGGCCGGUGAACGUGCGGCCUUCGGACAAAGGAACCGCGACUCUAUAUUCGCGAUGAAGAAGUUCACUUUCAAGGGGGUGCUGGACGGGUUCCGCAGCUCGGUGCAGGCUGCCCCGCGCGGGACCGAACAAGAGAUACAGGAGACGCUGCGCUCGGAGCACUUCCAAGUUAAAAAGACAUUCCGGCACGGGUUUCCGUUCUCGCCGACGGCGCUGGCAUGGGACCCGAUACAGAAGCUGCUCGCCAUUGGCGACAAGACUGGCAACCUCAGAAUUCUAGGCGGGCCCGGGGUGGACGCGCACGUGCGCCACGACAACGGCGAGGUGGUGCUGCACGCCAAGUUCCUGGUGAACGACGGUGGGCUGGUCACCGCCACCGCCGACGACCAGCUCCACCUGUGGACGUUCCGCCAGAAGCCACCGCAGCGGGUGCAGUCGCUCAAGUUUCAGAGGGAACGAAUAACCAGCCUCCACUUGCCGCUGCAGUCGAAAUGGAUUCACGUGGGCACGGAGCGGGGCAACGUGCAUGUGGUCAACAUAGAGACCUUCGCCCUCAGUGGCUACGUCAUCAACUGGAACAAGGCUAUUGAAGUCACGAGACCGAACCACCCUGGAGCGGUGGUAGACAUCAGUGACAACCCUCUAGAUGCUAGCAAGUUACUAAUAGCAUUCGAGAGCGGUCUCGUAGUGGUGUGGGACCUGCGCGCGCGCGCAGCCGAGUGGCGCGGCUGCCUCGGCACGGGCGGGGGCGGCGAGGCCGUGCGCGCGGCGGCCUGGCAGCAGGACGGCAAGCUGAUGACGGCGCACGCGGACGGCGCGCUGGCCACCUGGACCACCAGGUCGCCGCGGCCCUCGUCGCUCUCGUAUCCGCACGCGAAAGCAAACAAAGACGGAAAGCUGGAGCCCUGUAAACCUAUACAUAGAUUAGAAUGGAAAACAUCAAAAACUGGCGAGAGCCUGGUGAUAUUCUCGGGCGGGCUGCCGACGGACAAGGCGGGGCGCACGCACAGCGUCACCGUGCUCAACGGCAAGAGCACCACCGUGCUGGAGAUGGAGCACAGCGUCGUCGACUUCGUCACGCUCUGCGAGAGUCCGCACGCUGCCGACUACCAAGAGCCGUACGCGAUAGUGGUGCUGCUGCAGAACGACCUGGUGGUGAUCGAUCUACAGUCACCGGGCUACCCGUGCUUCGAGAACCCUUACCCCAUGGACAUACACGAGUCGCCCGUCACCUGCUGUUCCUAUUUCGCCGAUUGCCCUUCUGAUUUGAUACCCGCGUUCUAUUCGGUGGGUCGAGCUGGCAACAAGAAAGCGGCCGGCUUCAGUGAGAAACUGUGGCCGAUAGAUGGCGGGGAGUGGGCGCCCGCGUCGUGUUCAUAUAGCGAGAUUAUACUAACUGGACACGCAGACGGCAGUGUGAAGUUCUGGGACGCUAGCGCGGGAACAUUGCAGAUUUUAUAUAAAUUGAAAUGUUCUAAGGUGUUCGAGCGGCGCAGCGGCAGCGGCGCGGGUGUGUGUGGGGGCGUUGGGGGUGUUGGGGGUGUGGGGGGUGCGGGCAUGGGGGGCGAGGAGGACAGCCCGCUCGCCAUCCAGCACGUGGCGCUGUGCGCGGAGUCGCGCCGCCUCGCCGUGGCGCUGCCGCACGGCCACGUCAUGCUGUUCAAGUUCCGCAAGCAGGAGGUCACCGCGGAGACGCACGUAUUAGAAAUCCCUGUGAUAACCGAUUCAGUAGAAGAGGAGGCAUCUCCCGACGCGGAGGGAGGACGCUCCACAUCUUGCGGGCGAAGCGAAGACGAGACGAGACGGGCGCGCGUGCGCGGCAGCGCGGGCACGGGCGGGGCGCGCCGCGCGCCCGGCUUCCAGGCGGCGCUGGUGGCGCUGCAGCUGGGCCCGCCGCACCCCGUCGCCGCGCUCACCAUCAACUCGUCCUACGGCCUCAUGGCAUGGGGCGGGGAGCGCGGUAUAGUGGUGGUGGACAUCUGGCGGCGCGUGGUGGUGGCGGCGCUGCCCGCGCAUUCGCUGUACCUGCCCGAGCCCACGCUGAGGCACGACCGACACGACCGACACGACCGACACGACCGCCGCUCGCCGGACCUCGACCAGCUGGAGGAGUCGCCGGUGACCCCGGACGCCGCGGAGGAAGCGCCGCCCGACCCCAAGCUCGACAUGAGGCGCAAAUCAACACCUUGGAAAACGUUCAACCUAAAACGGCAACUGUCAAAAGUCGAUCUAAAAUUGAAAGCCGCUUUUGGUCCUGUAGAUAAUGAGGAAAUUGUCGAAAAGAGCAACUCGCAGUUCUACUGCGAGCCAACGGAGAAGCCGGACAGCGCUCAAGAGUCAAACAAUGACUCUCCCGAUGGCGAAGAACCUCCUGAAAAAAUCACUGAAGAAGACAAGAGUCAAUUAUCAUCGCCGUUGCGCGUAUGCUCCGAUGUCUUCGAGCGAAUGCACAAAGAACUACAAGAGAAGAGAUCUUCUGACGUCUACGAUAGAAUGCACAAAGAGCUACAGGAGAGAUGGCAGGACAAAGACCGAAUAGAGACUUCUCCUGAAGUGUCACCUUCGAAGCUCGGAGAAGAUGAAAAGGCUGUGAGACCAGAUAAUCUUCCCUUGUUCGAUGAAGACGGGAAGCCGACGCGUCCACCACGACAGAAGAGCAAAAAGAAAGACGAAAAGGAGCAAAGAGACCAAAGGCUUCUAUCGGUACCCAACAUAAAGUACACGAAACAAGAUUCCGUAAAAGAUUUACGGAAGAAGCAGCCGAGCCAGCAGGGUCAGUCUUUCGCGGGGAACCUGAUGCGGCGUUUCAGCCGCGUAGACAAGCUGGACAGCUCGUUCUCUCGUUCGCGCUCCAGUAGCAUGUCGAGCUUGGAGAACAUAUCCCAGGAAGGCAUCCAGUGCUUGGCAUUCGCCGACAGCUAUAUCAAGAAAUCGGAUCCAACUUCGCUGGUCCCUACGCUGUGGAUCGGCACCACACUGGGAUCCGUGCUGACGAUGAUGAUCAACCUUCCAGAAGCUGACCUGCGACACACGCAACCCGUUGUCGUUACGACCAGUGGUGGUCCCAUCUUUAGGUUAAAAGGGUCGAUUUUGACCAUGUCUUUUCUUGAUUGUAAUGGUGCUUUAAUUCCCUAUUCGUAUGAAAGCUGGAAGGAUGAUAGUAAGGAUAAUCGAGAGCGAAGAGAAAGGACCCCCACGAAGCAGAGCUCCUCGAGCAGCGGCAGCCACGGCAGCCACACCAGCCCCACGCCGCUGGAGGCGGGCGACCGCCAGUUCGUGGUGAUCGCGUCCGAGAAGCAGGCGCGGGUCGUGGCGCUGCCCAGCCAGAACUGCGUGUACCGACAGCAGAUUGUCGACACCGACUUUGUCGUUAAAGCUGAGAUUGUCAGCCUAAAAGAUAGCGUGUGCCUUGUGAGCUACCUGUCGACAGGCCACCUGUCGGCCUUCAGCCUGCCCUCGCUCAGGCCGCUGCUCCACAUAGACUUUCUGCCGCUCUCUGAGCUCAGCUUCCAGACACAGUCCAAACAGAGGGGUAUCGUAGACCCAAUGCUCUCCAUUUGGGGCCAACAACUCAUUGUUAACGAGGACACGGACCAAAUCGCCAAGACGUUCUGCUUCAGCAACCGCGGCCACGGCCUCUACCUCGCGUCGCCCACAGAAAUACAGAAAUUCACUAUUGAUGCUGAAUUCUGUCAACAAUUGAACGAAAUGAUGGGAGAAUUGUUCCUGCCCCGGGACAUGCCCGAGCCGCCCAAGGAGAGCUUCUUCCGCGGCCUCUUCGGAGGGGGAGUGAGACCUCUCGAUAGGGAAGAGUUGUUCGGCGAGAGCAGCGGCAAGCCGAACCGCACGGUGGCGAAGCACAUCCCGGGCGCGGAGGGCGCGGCGGCGCUGGGGGCGCUGGGGGCGCGCGCGGGCGCCGCCACCAGCGAGGUGGCGCGCGCGCACCAGCUCGUGCUGGAGCGCGGCGACAAGCUGUCGCACCUGGAGGAGCGCACCGAGCGCAUGCACUCGCAGGCCGCCGAGUUCUCCACCUCGGCGCACCAGCUCAUGCUCAAGUACAAGGACAAGAAGUGGUACCAGCUGUGAGCGGCGCCGCUCGUGGUGCCCUUUGCGCCGCGGCGCCCCGGCGCCCCGGCGCCCCGGCGCCCCGGCGGUCGCGCCGUAGAGCUUAGCCUCCCGUAGUGUUUACGAUUUUACCUCUUAGAGUAACACAAUUGAACGCACAACGUUUCGUCACUCGCUCAUCUUAGAGCACGUAGUUCGGCCCGCGCUCGGUCUCGCCUCGUCGCUCGAUCGUUUGCGCCUCGCUCCCCGGCUCCUCGCGACCUCCCGGAGACCGCCCGCUUCGUUCCCUCGGCAGCCCCACGGUGGCGCCGAAGCGAUCCUCUCCCUUCCCUCGCCUCCCGUGGCCGUCGCCCUUGUACAUACCAUUCGCGUUCCGCGAUGUGAUAAUGUAAAUAGGAUACACUAAUGUAAACUUUUUGUACAAUUUAUCAGUAGUGUCACGGUUGCCACGUCUUCUGUAGCGUCGUCUCUGUAGAUCGGAAAUGUGAUAAAGUCGAGAGUUACUACGACUGGAAUUUCGUCUGAGUUAGUCGUCGAAGGAUACUCUGUUGUUCUUCGGUUAUUUUAUAUAACAAUAUUUCGUUUAGAUUUAAAUAAGAGAUACGUUAAAAUAUCGCAUUACACGAGAUUAUUUAAUGUCGCUACUGUUAUAAUAUUAUUCUAACUUACGAGUAGGUACAUUUUUAUAGCUACGGACGGUCGUAAAUGAAAUAAUUACUACGAUAGUGAUAGCCGAUGUUGAUCUGUAUAAAGUAUUGAUAAAAAUAAAUGAUUAAAAUAUGUUUAAACGAUUGGAGAUUUAAGCAUUGGAUGACAAUAAUUUUGUUACUCAUGUUGAGAUUACUUUGACACCGCGAGGUGUAUUUCCGUUUCACUUCUCUUACGCUUCACUUUUCUUAUUAUUUAUUUACUCUUUCUCUCUCUCUCUGUUCUCUCUCUAUGUUAAUGCACACACGAUUGAGUUGUUCUACGAUAAAUACUAUUUUAAUUACGUGUAUAUAAAAUAUGCCUUAUACAAUUUAUCUUCAAGUUAAUUAGUUAUUAAUUAAUAUAUCUUUAUGUAUUUUUAUAAUGCACACUUCGUAGUCAUUCGGUAACGAAAUACGCUUAGUGAUAAUUUUUAAUGUUAAAGAGUAACCUGCGGUCGGGGCGCGUCGCCCGCGUAACUAUAGCAAUACUAACUGAGGGUUGCCAGCCUCAAGCAAACCAGACCAAUCGGUGUCGUGUCGGUGUUGCUAGUAUAAACUGCUACGUUAAAAUAAUGUAAAGUUAUAACUUAAAGCGUAUUGUAUAUUGCUGAAUUAAGAGUCGAGUGCCGGCUCACUAUACCACCUCCCACAGUCAUCCUUCGCAAACGUUGCUAUGUAUCCAUUGAAUUGUUAUAUUUUAUCGUCUGUUGUAUCCUCAGCAAUGUAUAAAUGUUGGAUGCCAAAGUUUACUAUUUUGAAAUUGAAUUUUGUAUAUAAGAAUUAUUAUUGUUAUAAUAUUUGUAAACAUAUUUUAUUUAGUGAAUUCUAGUUUAGUUAGAUCCGCGUACGACAAUUAGAGUUACUUGUGAUGACGUGGAAUUUAUGCGAUGAAUAUGAUAACUAAUGUUGUUCCGAAGUAUAUGAUGGAAGUUGGAUAUUUUAAACUGAGUAUUUUGUUACAAAUGCAAGUAUAGAGUCGGUUCCAGGUUUCUUUCGAGAAAUGAAUAUUUUCGUAUCGGUGUUUACUAAUUUUAGCGGUUGCAGAUUUUAUUGAAUUGAUAUACAUACUAACUAAAUGUAUUGCGUUAUGAUUUAGCGUAGAUUCAACUUUCAGUCCUUUAGCUAUCUUCCACCUUGGAAUAUUUCGGGCUCGUCGAGUCAUUAGGACAUUUCUAAAUUGAAGAACACAAUCAUGUCAUCUCGCUUGCACUUAUACGCAUAUUUCUAUGUUAGAGAUAGAUAGACUAUUUGAGAAAUUUUAUUGACAUUUUAUAUCUCCCUAUACGAACAUGUUACGCCUGUAUUUUAGAUUUAAAAUACACGCGUAACAUGUUAUCGCUUUAGCAAAACAUUAUAGUUUAUUUAUUUGUUGUAAUAUGGUCAAAAUCUCAUCAUUACUAAACAAAUCACAGUAAUAUUAUAUUUAAAAUACACGUUAUAAUAUGUUUCAAUACAAAAUAUUCUAGUCCAGUGUGCACACAGAGAUUAUAACUUCUUCAGAAUUUAUAACUUAUUUUGUUCUUUUGAUUUAAUGGACGGCAAAAUAAAUUUAUCUGACAAAUGCAAACGAUAGUUUUCAAAGCUAUUAAACUAUCUCUUAUAUAUAAGGAAAAAAUAUAAUAUCAAUUAAUCUUCACAUACAGCAUGAAAGCACUCUAUCUUAAGAACAUAAUACUUUCGACCUGCGAACCUCCAUAACACCACGUUCUAUAGGCCAAUAAAAAUCAUUAUAAUCAUUAUUAUCUCGAUCGAAUUAAUUAUGGAAUAUAAAAGUGUUGGUAAAUAGCGUUCAUCAUCAAUACACCAAUUUAAGUCGUUUGAAACAAUCAAGCGUACGAGCUGAUGUCUCGAAUUAUAGGGAAUAAGUUUAAGUGUUCUAACCUUUUGUAUCUCUCUUACAGAGUGCUAUCAUGUAACAUCCACAAUAUGAUUUAUUAAGAUUGGUUGAGGAUUAUUUUUGUAUUUAUUUAACUUAGAUUGCUUUCACUGUAUUAUAUUAUAUGUUUAUGUUAUAUAAUAUAAAAAAAAGAUACAGAACAAUAUUUCUAUUUUGGAUGUUAGCUCCGGGUCGAUGUCCUUGAACGCUGAUUCAUUUCGCAAUCAUGGGACUAAAGUAAUAUAAGAUUUGUAAAUAAAAUAACAAAAUUGUGGCAAAUUAUUACUUGUUAACGUGUAUUGUAGUUUAUUUCACGUUUAUUUUAGUACGACUGUGUCUUUUCUAACUCCGUAAUGGAUAUCAACUAUACAUAUUGUAUAUAUUUGACGCUGUUGAAUUAUAUUAUUUAGUUUGGUAGAUGAUUAUAGUCAUUAUAUAUAAAUAAAACAUGAAAAAUAAAAUUAUAUCAAACUA